AUGGAAAAAGUAAAAAAACAGCGGAGUACCCAAAGAGGGUUACUCACUAGAAUAGAAAAAUAUGUAACAUCGAGGGCGUCGAUGUCUGACGAGGACAUCGAUGCUCGCUCUGAGAGCCUUAAUACAGCGAUUAAGUCUCUGCGAGAGCUUCAGCAAAAGAUCGAAGACCACACCGUCGACCAGCAUGACGAGACCGCUUACGAGCAAGAACAGGAGUACAGAUACGAUUUCGAAGAGCUGUACACAACAAUUUUCACGAAACUAUUAACGAAAAAGAAACUAAACCAACGACAGCAAGAACAACAACAGCGAGCGCAACAUCAUAAUGAACAACAGGUGCAUGACCAGCAGCAGAUACGUGAGAGCAUACCUAAAAUACAAUUUCAACCACUAGGAGCAUCAGAAACUUUCAACAACUUUAAGAAAAGACUAGAAGCCUACUUUCGAUUGAAUAAUAUUACCAAAGAUCAAACAAAAACCAACAUUAUACUAUCUACAUUGUCACCGGAGCUCCAUGAAAAGCUCUGUGACUUAGUGUGCCCAGAAGAACCAAUUAACAUGUCAUUUGAUCUCAUCACCGAAACACUUAAUGAAUAUGUAGAUCCAAAACCUAGUAAAUGGGCCCUACAACAUAAAUUCAUAUCAAGAAUACAAAAAUCUGAUGAAACUAUAGCUCAAUUCACAGCGGAACUAAAAAAAUUAACAACAAACUGCGAAUUUAACUGUCAACAUUGUGAGAAGAACACAUCAGAAAGUUUCCUUUGCCUACAAUUCAUACGAGGCUUAAAAGAUAAUGAUGCAAGAACAAAAAUUUUACAAGAUCAAAAUAAAUGCACAUUUAAAGAACUAGUUCAAAUAGCAAUAUCAAUCGAAAUGGCAAAAACAGAAAACGACACUAUUGCUACAAAUGUAUUGCCCAGCACGAGUAACGGCAGUAUUGACAAAGUUUCUACAAACACAUAUCGACCUAAAACUUCAAACUCAAGACAAAUCACACGCCGAGAUUUAUUAGGUAAAUGUUUUCGCUGCGGAUCUUCUCAUGAAACGAGGAUAUGUAACGCCAGCAAUGUCACCUGCCGGAAAUGCAAUAAAAUCGGCCAUCUUGCCCGCGUUUGCCUACAACGCAAACCUAAUCUGCACUACAAGGCACCAAGACCCAAUUCGCACCAACUAGAAGAGCCGAACAAUAGCGAUAACGAUGACUUGAACGAUAUCAAUAUGAUAUCUGGCGAAAGAACUGAGAAAUUCAUGAUAUCAGUACAGAUCGAGAACGCAAAGCUGAAAAUGGAAUUUGAUACUGGAGCAACAUUAACGUCAAUGUCAAUGCGAGACUAUAGAAAACUGAAUAUUGGAAAAAGACUGUUCCACACAGACAUUAAACUUCGUACUUACACAGGAGAAGUAAUAAAAGCAGUUGGAGUCACUUACGUUAAAUGCAAAUACCAAGAGAAGGAAUUUCACGGUAAACUAUAUUUAAUCAAUGGCAAUGUAGAUCCUAUUUUUGGACGCAGUUGGAUGAAGGAACUGGAAAACUUGAACUUAGCAGAUAUAAAAACUAUACAAGACACAAAGAACUUAGAACUAGACCAACUCUUACAACUUUAUAAAACUUCAGUUUUUAAGUCCGACCUGGGUAAAAUACCUAAUUAUAAGGGACACUUAAACCUUAAAGAAAACACACAACCAAUUUUUAUCAAACCUCGAAGAAUACCCUACGCUUUAAAAACUAAAGUGGAUGAAGAAAUAGAGCGACUUUGCAAGCUAGGGGUCAUUACGAAAGUUGACCACUCUGAGUGGGGAACACCAGUGGUACCAGUUGUCAAGCCGAAUGGGUCAAUCCGACUUUGCGCAGACUACAAAGUUACAUUAAAUAAAGUUAUAUUGGAUGAAAAAUACCCAAUACCGAUGAUAGAAGAUAUCUUUGCAGAAAUGAAUGGCGGCAAGCUAUUUUGUACACUUGACAUAACUCAAGCAUACCUUAAUAUGGUCAUGGACGACGAAAGCGCAAUGCUACAAACACUCAGUACACACAAAGGUACAUACAAAGUAAAUAGACUUAUGUUCGGUGUGAAAGUCGCGCCUAGCUUGUGGCAAGGAUUUAUGGACAGACUCUUGCAGGGGCUGGAAGGAGUCAAAUGCUUUUUCGAUGAUAUAAUUAUACAAGGAGAUUCCAAGGAAAAAUUGUUACAAAGACUUAAGCUUGUGCUUGAUAAACUGAAAGAAAGCAACCUCAGAGUAAACAAGGAUAAGUGCCAAUUUUUUAAAACAAGUAUAAAUUACCUAGGGCACACUAUAGAUAAAGAUGGCCUGCACAAAAACAAGGACAAGAUAAAUGCUAUAAUAAAAACAGAACGCCCAGUAAACACUGCAGGAUUGAGAACGUUUCUCGGUAUGGCAAAUUUUUAUAAUAAAUUCAUACCCAAUCUCGCAUCCAUCACGAAUCCCUUGAACAACUUAUUAAAGAAAGAAUCAAGUUUCCAAUGGACUACACAAUGUGAAGAAGCCUUCACCAAAAUCAAAAAAGAAAUAUUAAGCGAAAGAGUAUUGACACACUUUGAUCCAACAAAACCACUAGUAUUGGCCACUGAUGCUUCACCACUAGGGCUUGGUGCAGUCCUAUCUCACAGACUUACUGACGGAUCAGAGAGGCCUGUUGCGUUUGCCUCGAGAACAUUAUCUGACAGCGAGAAAAGAUAUAGUCAAAUUGACAAAGAAGCUACGGCGAUUUACUGGGGAUUAAAAAAAAUUUUCUACUAUAUCUACGGCCGAAAAUUUACCCUCAUAACAGACCACAAACCACUUACAAGCAUAUUUCAUCCAAGUAAAACCUUACCAGCAAUGAGCACUAUGAGGUUAUUUCAUUAUGCCCACUUCUUGUCCGGAUUUGACUACAAUAUUGAAUAUAGAACUUCAGCGAAUAACUCCAAUGCCGACUACCUAUCAAGAUUUCCAAUAGAGUCUACAAGGAUUAAUAAAAUAGACCAGAACUACAAUUUCCAAUUAGAGCAAAUUAAUACUAUAGACAUCAACCCAAAUACGAUAGCAACCGAGACUAAAAAUGAUUCAGAACACAGACCUCUACUACAGGCACUUAAUUCAGGAAUCUCGCUAAGAACACUCGGUUUCAAGGACAAUGAGUUCACAUUACAUGACGGCUGUAUACUAAGAGGAGCGCGCGUUCUUAUCCCUAGAACACUUCAAGAACGCGUGCUAAAUGAACUACAUCUCGGCCAUCCAGGAAUAGUUAAGAUGAAAUUAUUGGCGCGCAGUUUUGUAUAUUGGAAGGGGAUUGAUAACGACAUCGAAAAGAAGGUGAAAUCGUGCAGAACUUGCAGACUACAACAGAAUGAACCUGAAAAAGCACCACUUCAUCAUUGGGAACGACCUGAUGGACCUUGGCAAAGAUUGCACAUUGAUUUUGCGGGACCUUUCCAGGGUCACCAACUUUUUAUAAUAGUAGAUGCAUUUUCAAAAUGGAUUGAGAUAAUACCUACCAAAACCACAACAACUACUUGGUGCGUCCAAAAACUGAAAGAAUUAUUUUGCACCUUUGGAAUACCACAAAUUUUAGUUUCUGACAACGGACAACAAUUUAUCUCAGAAGAGUUUGAAGCAUUCCUCAAAGACAGUAUGAUCGUUCAUAAGACGUCUGCUCCAUACCAUCCAGCAACGAACGGUCAAGCCGAACGAUACGUUCAAACCGUGAAAAGGAUACUACGAAGCUUAGAGGGGGAAGGAGGCACAAUAUAUCAAAAGCUCCUCACGACUAAAACACGACUUCGUCGAACGCCGGACGCUAACGGCCAGACCCCCUACCAACUUAUGUUUGGUAGGGAGGUACGCACGUCGCUACAUGCCAUGUUCUUGAGAGGGGAACUCCGACGACCAUCAGAUAAACACCAGCCACAUCUUAUCAAAAAGUUCAAUCCAGGCGACCGCAUCCAGGCCCGUGAUUAUACCGUCGGCUCCACGCAGCGCUGGCGUUUCGGGACCAUUCAGGAACGUUUAGGGAGACUACAUUAUAAAAUAAUAACUGAUGACGGCUCUGUCUGGCGUAGGCACAUUGACCAGCUCCUAGCUGCUCCCUUGGUCCAAAGCUAG